UGGCCAGACAUCACUCGCAUCUCACUUUCUCUCUCACACACACUCACCCUCACACACUCCUAAACUCCACACGCACUUUUCUCUCCUGUGCAGAACUACCGGCCGGACUCUACUAAAGCAAACAUGAGUUACUCCAGCGACAUCUACAGCAGCAGCUCCUAUCGGAAGAUCUUCGGAGAUGCCCCCCGACCUGGUCGUGUUGGUCUGGGUAGCAGCAGCCCGUCCCGCCUGCACUCUGCUGGGUACCGCAGCAGCCACCGCACCUAUGGGUCCCCCUCCGUGAUGUCCUCCAGCACCUACCGCAGGACGGCGGCGCCCGGCCGCGUCUUCUCCUCCAUGCCGGACUCCGCGAUGGACUUGACCCAGUCCACCGCGGUGACCAACGAGCUCAAGAUUAUCCGCACCAACGAGAAGGAGCAGCUGCAGGGCCUCAACGACCGCUUCGUGUCCUUCAUUGAGAAAGUGCACAACCUGGAGCAGCAGAACAAGGUGCUGGAGGCGGAGGUGACGCUGCUGCGGCAGCGCCACAACGAGCCCUCACGCCUGCACGAGCUGUACGAGCAGGAGAUCCGUGAGCUGCGGGCGCGCGUGGAGGAGAUGACGCACGAGAAGAGUCAGAUGCAUCUGGACUGUGUGCAGAUGAACGAGACGCUGGAGCGCGUGAGGGAGAAGCUGGAGGAGGAGAGCCGGCUGCGCGAGGAGGCGGAGAACACCCUGAAGGGCUACCGGAAAGACGUGGACGACGCCACCCUGGCCCGUCUGGAACUGGAGAAGAAAGUGGAGUCUCUGCUGGACGAGAUCGCUUUCCUCAGGAAAGUUCAUGAGGAGGAGCUCCAGGAGCUGCAGGCGUCCCUGCAGGCCACACAGGUGUCGGUGGAGAUGGACAUGAGCAAACCGGACCUGGCUGCAGCCCUGAAGGACAUCCGAGCCCAGUAUGAGAACCUCUCAGCCAGGAACCAGGCCCAGGCAGAGGACUGGUACCGCUCCAAGUUUGCCACCGUGACUGAGGCGGCUGCCCGCAACCAGGACGCCAUCAAGCACUCGAAGGAGGAGCUGAGUGAGUACCGCAGGCAGGUGCAGGCCCGCACCCUGGAGAUCGAGGCCCUCCGGGGCCACAAUGAGGCUCUGGAGAGGCAGAUUGCCGAGAUGGAGGAUCGCCAUAACAAUGAAAUAGGAGAGAUGCAGGAUACCAUCCAGCAGCUGGAGGCUGCCUUGCGUACCACCAAAGGAGAAAUGUCCCGUCACCUGCGUGAAUAUCAGGAUCUGCUGAACGUCAAGAUGGCUCUGGACAUUGAGAUUGCUGCCUACAGGAAGCUGCUGGAAGGUGAAGAGUGCCGCCUCAGCUCUGUCGGCGGCGCCAUGGUUCAGUCCGGCUACCCCGGCUUCUCCUACAUGUCGGCCCGCACCUACACCCUCGGAGCCUACAGGAGGUCCGGAGCCAAGCCUGAAGAGGAGGAGGAAGAGGGAGAAGAAGAGGAGAAAGAAGAAGAGGAGGAGGGAGAAGAGGGUGAGGAGGGAGAAGAAGGAGAGGAGGGAGAGGAGGGAGAUGACCAGGAGGAGGGUGAAGGUGAGGGAGAGGGAGAAGAGGAGGAAGAGGAGGAGGAGGAAGAGGAGGAGAAGGAAGAGGAGAAGCCAAAAGAGAAGGAGAAGGAGAAGAAGGAGAGCCCCACCGGGAAGAACAGCAAGAGCUAAACUGCUUGUUUCUUCAUCAUCAUCAUCAUCAUCAUCAAUAACGCAGUCCACAUCCCACCAGUCACUUAUGGAUCUGUUCACAUCAUCUCUGUGUCACACACACAGACACACACACACACAAAUCUGCACACUCCAGAUGCCUCACACCUUCUGUGUUUUUCUGUCUCUGGUUGCUCUGUAAUUCAGAAGUGAUUUAUUUAAACCUUAUUAGACAGAGAAGGAGCUUUAGAAAGGACUAGAUAGCACUACAGUGGCAGAAGCGUUUAAAUCAUUUCCAUACGCUGCCGUCGUCAUGAUUUUACAUCACAGAAGUGCAGAGAGAAGCGCCGAAACUAGCAUGAUGGCACAAAGUUUCUUGAGUUUGAAGUAGGAAUGUUUUUUCCUCCAUAUGAGCAACAAUAAAUGUGCCAUUAAUGAUUAAUAUUCAAGCAAUCAAAUAUCUUGAAAGUAACAACUUUGUCAGCACACAGACUUAGGAUAAACACAGAUCCUGGAGCACGAGAAACAGCCAGUCCAACUUUUAAUGGUGCUACUUGAUUUUUACAUAUAAAAGUUGGGGAGUCCUGUGAGUAGAAGAUUUUAUGGUAGAACGAAGCUCCACCAGCUCACUCCUGAAUGUUAAGCAGGAAGGUUUAGAGGAAAAACUGCUUCUAUCUGAAAUGGAAGUCCAGCUGCACAUUUCGCACAGCAGGUGAAUGCCUCACUCUUUUCCACUAUUCUCUUAGUUCUGCAUUUCAUCUCUCUUUUGUUUACUGCAGUGUCACAGCACGGCAAUAAUGGCAACUCAGAGCUCAGAAAAAACUACUGGGAGGGCGGGUGGUAUUUUCAGGUGAUGGAACGGAGGAGCACUGCAGCUUCUCCACGAGGGAGUGCAUCUUUGGGAAUGAAAAAUGUAGAGUUUAAAUUGCUGCUAUAUAUAUUUUGGGAAUAUAAAUAACCACCCCUUUGACUGAUUCAUUUGUCAAGGAAUUUUUCUCACAUGACAGAGUAUUUAGUAUUUCAUUAUCUUUAUUUUUUAGAGAAACCCAGCCUGUUUUCUUUCUCCUCACAUGGUGCUUUUGUUUCAUUUAGCUGGAAAUAGGAAAUGAAGUGAAGGAAGGUGUAGCUGUCAGUGCCAGGCAGCUGAUGGUGACACUGACAGCCCUCAGCCCAGACUGCAAGUGGCAGGCGGGGCAGAUGCUGCUGGGUCCAUGGUUAAAUGGUACAGAGUCACAUAUAAGGGCUAUUUUCACCAUAACCUCUUCUGUCACUUUGCCCUGAACUGUUUUUCAUCACUGUUGUUCAUCAUGUCACUCCCUCAGCCUUGAGUUUUUGACAAAUGAAUCAACCAACGGGCAUGAAUGCAUGGCCUGAUACUUGGAGCUUGAAUAUCUACUGGAUGGGAUAGAUUUUUGCUUGUUGUGUGUUCAAUUAAAAAUCUUGCCUUAACCAUGAAUGAAAGUUAAAAUAAGACGUGAUUUCACCUGCAUCUCACUUGUUUCUGGGGAGGCAGAAGAGUGCUGACACUUUCCAGACCGUUCUGCUAUACAACUGUGACUGUAUGUGCUGCUAUCUCAUGCAGUGAUAUUCCUCUCAAAGCCAAAUAAAGACAUUUAUUAACCAAA